AUGGAUCCCUCGCCGUGUCUCGAAGAUAUGCCAAAAGAAGUCAAGGAGAACAUGCUCAAAUGGUGCGAUUAUUCUUCAGUAAUCGCUCUUGGAAAGACAUGCAAAACAUGGCACAACUUCAUUCGUGCUCCCGACCACAAUCUCCCAAUCCUGGCAAUCAACUUGAAAUGUGGGAAGAACAGUUAUGGAAUGCAAGUAAUGUCGACGGUUCCUUUCGAAAAUAUUAUCGAUUUGAACUACGUGACUCUAGAAUAUAAACAAGAUGCAGAAAACAACAACGUCACUCGUUGUCCAGAUGUCAAUUGGGAAAGUCCAAGAACGACGUUGGAAUUCAUUUUAUUGAAGUCCAUCAGCAAAGAUUUCACCAUUUGGUCGGAUAAUAUUGGAAUCUCAAAAGCCUCAUUAUCGUUAUUGUACGGAGAAUCGGUGGAUCUCCAAUGUUCUCUGUGA